GCUCUGCUGAAGACACAGACCCCCGCUCUGCUUUUUCGGGGACGGCGGCGGAGCCCUUUCCCGGAGAGUUCCCGAGCAUGAGCCGUCUGUACAGCGGCCACCUUCCUCCGCUGGGGGGUGAGGUGCCCCCCGCCGGGCCGCCUCUGGUCUACCUCUACGGGGCGGAGAGGACUUUGAUGCCCACCCUGGGCUUUGCUUCCCCCGGCGUCCUCGCCAGGCAGGAGCCGCCUCAGAAGCCGCCGUACAGCUACAUCGCCCUGAUCGCCAUGGCCAUCGAGGAUGCCCCCGACCGCAGGGUCACCCUGAACGGCAUCUACCAGUUCAUCAUGGACCGCUUCCCCUUCUACCACGACAACAAGCAAGGCUGGCAGAACUCCAUCAGGCACAACCUGUCCCUCAACGACUGCUUCGUCAAAGUGCCCAGGGAGAAGGGCAGACCCGGAAAGGGCAGCUACUGGACCCUGGACCCCAAGUGCCUGGACAUGUUCGAGAACGGCAACUUCAGACGGAGGAAGAGGAAGUCCAAGCCUUCGCCGUGCCAGGACGGCAAGAGGCGCAAGGCGGAAUGUGCGGAGAGACCCGGGGACGGACAACCUACCUACGAGAGGUCAGUUGCCAGUGGGCUGCAUGGGGGAGCUCAGAUGGAGGACAGUGACCCAGGUUGUCCCACAGAGGUCCUCUCCUCCUCUGAGGAGUAUGGAAGCUUUGGAGAGCUGAUAAAAGUUUGCAGCUCCCCAGAUAUGACCUCUGUCACUUUAAUGAACAGUCCACAGACAUCCGGAUGUCCAGCUACCUCUCUCUUAUCUGACAAGGGGACCUUAUCUACAGCUCAGGAUGAGACCAGAAGCGCCGGGAUCUUCCAAGACAGCCCCCCCGCUGAGGAGGAGGACCCCAGGCAAGACCUGGGCCAUGGCAGACACCUGGAUGAAGAUCCCAGCAGCAGGGUUCCGGGAGGAGCCGGCGGCGAAGAAGAGGGGGCCACCUCGAAACACCCCAAAAACUUCAGCAUAGACAGCAUUCUGAGCUCGCAAACCGCAAAAGGAGGCGGAGGGGCUUGGGGGCUGCCGGGGUUCUCCAAGGGGACUAUGGAGUGUCUUCCAGGCACCUACAGAUAUCACCCCCUUUUCCAGAGCCCCGGUAUGUGCCCCCUGUUUAAUACCUCCGUCAUGAUUGACUCCCAGCUCCAGGGGAGGUUCUAUCAGAUUGGACUCCCAAUCCUUUCCUAUCUCCCCCUGGCUCUCUCAGAGUCGGCGCUGCCCAAGUAGACCAGC